UAACUCCGUCGUGUCAUUCGAAUUGAAUUCUUUAGCAUAAAUUUAUAAGGAAUAUUUUUGUUAAUAAAAUGGUUUUACUCACUUCUUCAGAGUUUUUAACACAAGUCACUAUCCUAGCUCAAAAAGUAAGAAGUCAAAGUGCUUUUACAAUAACUUUUAAACAAUAUGAUGGAAUUGAUAAGCCAAAACCUAGAGCGGGAAAGCCCCAGCAUUUGGAAUCUAACGAAAACUACUGCCUAAUACGAAUGAAAGCAAAGAACAAAAAGCUGUCGACAGUUGUCAAAAAAUCAGACAUUUCUAAGUUUAUGGAAUCAUAUGGAAAAAUCAUGAAAGCGAAUAUGGAUGGAUUGAAGAAAAUCAAGAGAGUUAAAAAUAAAUCGAAGGCACUUCAGGGAUAGUAAAACACAGCAAAAUCAUGAAUGUACUGUUUACAUUUUCUCGGUUAUUUAAGGCUCUUAAAAAAUGAAAUUCGUUUUCUUAUUAAAACUAAAUUUUUUUUUAUUUUUCAAUAUCGUAUGCAAUGUUAUAUAAAAUUUCUU